UCUCACACACAACUCCUCCCUCCGGCGAGUGCUGCACCUCCGACGACCACCACACUUUAGGCACCUCCUCCUCUCUUUCUCUAUCCUCUAACACCAUUCUCUACACACCGGGCACACACAUAGAUCGCCGUCGUUGCCGGAUUCUGGCGCCGUCGGCGCUGUUGGUACCGGAUUCUGGCGAGAAAAGCAAUCUCCUUGCACCUCUUAAUUCCGUCUAUUUCACAUUGAUUGCGGCGAACUGAUUGAUAACUCUCUCAAAAUCAUUGAGACUGGUGGUGCUUUGGGUGGUAUGGUCAGACAACUUUCAAUUGACCAGUUUGAAAAUGAAGGCAGGCGUGUCGGUUAUGGAACUCCAGAAAGUGCAAUAGCAGCGAGAAAACUUUUGGUUCUGCAAAUGUCAAUUAACAGUGUACCAAAGAAGGUGAUUGCUUCAUCUUUUAAAACCUCGUGGCUAGAAACCUCCGGUUCGUAGAUAAUUUUUCUUGGAUUGCAAUGAGAUUGCAGAUCUUUGUGAUAGUGCUGAAAGCAUAUUUGCAAGUGAACCUAGUGUACUGCAGCUGAAGGCCCCUAUUAAAAUAUUCGGUGAUUUACAUGGUCAAUUUGGGGAUCUGAUGCGACUUUUCGAUGAGUACGGAUCACCUUCGACUGCUGGAAACAUAGCAUAUAUCGACUAUCUGUUUUUGGGAGAUUAUGUUGAUCGUGGCCAACAUAGUUUGGAAACUAUACCUCUUCUCUUGGCAAUGAAGAAUAUUACGGACAUGGCAAUGUACGCUCUAGCACAAAGCCGGGUGAAGAAUAAGCACGAUGUUGGGGCAUCCAUGAAGAGCAGGUACGACGAGGAAGGGCUUACUAACCUCAUCAGCCAGUGCACGACCCUCACACCACCUGCUGUACAGGCACUAUGCGACUCUUUCCCUGAUUCGCACAAGUGCCCCGGCCGACAUUCCCUCAUAAUCAACGGCUGCCUCAACUUAACAUUCGUCCACUGUGCCUGUGCCAGUUGUGGCUGCUAGAACUCUUCUUGUAGCCUGAUUUGAAUAUAUUGUGUCUCAAAGUUACUUUGCAACACCUUUUUUUUUGUCUCUAAGUGCAACAUAGAGACGCUUUUUUAAUUAUGUCUGAAAGUUGCACUCUGGGACACUUUUUAAUUAUGUCUCCAAAUUGCAUUUUGAGACGCUUUUUAGUUGUGUCUCUAAAUUGCACUUUGAGACGCUUUCCAAUAGUGUCUCUAAAUUAGCAUAUAGGGACGCUUUUUAAAAAGUGUCUCAAGAUUAAUAGAGAUGCUUUUAAAAAGUGUCUCAAGAUUAAAUAACCGACGCUCUCUCAUUGCGUCCUUAUUCUAAUUUGG